AUGACCUUAUCACAACGUUCCCCGCAAGUAGUACUCACUGAAGGAACAGUGAUUGGAUCCGUAGAAAAACUACCGAAUGGUAGUUUCUAUUAUGUAUACAGAGAUAUACCAUUUGCCGAACCACCGGUGGGAAAACUUCGUUUUGAGGAUCCCAUUCCUCUAACGAAAUUUCCUGAAAACAUCUUAGAUUGUAAGAAGGAAAGAGAUGUAUCGAUCCAUAAGGACUUCAUCACUUCCAAUUUAAUUGGAUCCGAAGACUGCUUACAUCUCAAUGUUUAUUCCCCUGUAUCACCAGAUGAUGUUGCAAAUGCCGAUAAAUUAGCAGUUUUAGUUUUUAUACACGGCGGAGCAUUUGCGUUUGGUAGUAGUAACAGUGAAUACUACUCUCCCGAGUAUUUGGUACAAGAAAAUGUGGUUGUUGUUACACUUAACUACCGACUUAGAGUGUUAGGGUUCUUGUGUUUGCCUGAAGCGGGUAUAAGCGGAAACGCUGGACUUAAGGAUCAAUUAGUAGCUCUGAAGUGGGUACAUAAAAGUAUUUCGAAUUUCGGUGGCGACGUCAACAAUGUCACGUUGUUCGGUGGAAGUUCUGGUGGAGCAGCGGUAGGUCUUCACAUGCUGUCCGAAAAGUCACGCAAAUACUUCCAUAAAGCUAUAUGUCAAGGUGGAACGUCAUUGGAUGAAUGGCUUAUUCAACCUGAUCCGAUUGGAAAAUCAAAGAAAUUGGCAGAACUGUUAGGCUUUAAAGGUGGUUCACAAGUAGAAACUUUAGAUUAUUUGCGAAACGUUAAGGAUUUAAGUGGUUUCCAGAAGCAUCUCCUUACUGUCUCCAGUGCAGAUGAAAGGCGUCGAAACCUUUCUAUAUGCUUCAAGCCAUGUGUUGAGCAAGAAACGGUUGAUGCUAAAGAUUCUAUAAGUCUCAAAUAUUUUGAGAAAAGAAAUUUGUCAUUACAGUCGAAAGCUUUCAUUUCAAAGCUACCAAUCGAAUUAAUGAAUCAACCAAAUUUUAUCAAUAUACCAGUUAUGAUCGGUUACAAUUCGGCUGAAGGCAUUGGCGUUCUAAGUAGCAAAUACGAAUCACUGCAUGUGUACGAGAGGGAUUUGAGUAGGAUAAUACCCAGAUCAUUGAGCGAAUCACCUACUGAAUGGGAAUCUCAGAAAUUGGCUGCGGAAAUUCGAAAAUUUUAUUUCGAUGGACAACCGAUAACAGAAAAAUUGUUGAACGAAAUGGUGAAACUUCAAGGCGAUUACCAUUUUGCAAUAAGUUCUAAUCUCUUUGCCGAAAUUCAUUUUAGAAAACAACCUAAUUCAAAGCACGUGAAAGCUGACCGCUCGGAAAUGUCAACAAGCACAAGAGUAGCUAAAAAAAUGUGUAGAAUGUGGACGAAUUUCGCCAAAUAUGGGAGCCCAACUCCAGCGAAUGAUAAGUCGUUAUCAAUUAAAUGGGAUCCAGUGAAACCUACAAAAGAUGGUGAAAAGUUCAUUUUAGAAUAUUUGGAAAUUGACGAUGAGUUUUGGAUGCGAACAGAUCCAGACAAAGACAGAAUAGAAUUUUGGAGAAAAUUGUAUCAGAAGUGGAAUGGAAGUUUUAUUAGACCGAAGUUGUAAAUUGAUUUGCAUCAAAAAAAAAAAUAAGGAACGAGUUGAGUAUACUCAUUCCAAUCGCCCACACCAGUUGGUAUAAUUUUAAUCUAGCCGAUGAAUUGGAAAAGUUUAGGG